UAAAAAAUUGAAAAGUGUCAAGCACUAGAUUAUGUUCUAAGCUUUUAAAAAAAACUUUACUCAUUGAAUUUGGAUCAUUGGUUCCCAAGAUAUCAUGUUCGCAGCGAAGUUCAUUUAUUGGCUAAUUAGGGGCCGCCAUGUUGGAUAAUUAGUGUAAUUAGUGAUUUUUUAAUUUUUUUUUUCCAUUAGUUAAUUCUCUUCAUUAAAGUCUUUCAAAUACUGAUAGUUUCUUAUAACUAUCUUUAAAAAUGAAAAAAAUUCAAUUUUUUGUAUAUGACCACCUUAAACAACCGGCAUUUCCUAAAAGGGGGCAUCCCUAUCGCUAAGAGGGGAUUUCCCUCUUUUUGCCAUAGUUUCUAUUAUCAGCAGCUGCUCCUUCUGAGAAUCAUCUAUCGACUUUUCUUUGAGACACAAUGUUAGCCGACGACGCGUUCUGUGUUGGUGCCUCUGUGAGUUAUGUAUUUUUAUUUUUUGUACUCACCGUGUAUAAGUAUGAAGUCAUGUUCAGGACUUGCGUCAUUCUGGUGGCUUUACUUGGCUACUUUCUACCUUUUCUUUACGUAAUUCCCUACGUCUUUGUUGCUUUACGAGUUUUUGUUGGAAUGAAUGUGGAGACAGAUCAAAAACUUUACAUAGCAAGGCUCAUCGAUUACAAAGACAUGGACAAGGCGGAUUUUAGUGGUUCCACGACUCUUAGUCAUUGGGCGGUGGUGAUACAAGAUGUCGAUCGUUAUAUCUACACGCAUGCCGUGAGGAAUGUUGUUUGGGGGGAAGGAGAAAAGAGGCGGUUCGAAGAAAUGGAGCAUAAAGACAAAUAUAUUCUCCAUCAUGUUGGCUUUGUCACUCGAAAGAGGAGAGAUGAGAAAAUGAGUGAAUUAGUUGAUGACGAAGUUAUGGCGUCCGGCAACAGUUGCCAGGAAUAUGCAGUCGACAUUGCGUUUCAGCUGUCGAGUUCUCGAACUUACACUUUUGUUAAAAUGAUGACAUUACCGCGAUUUCGAAACACAGUUUUCUACGUUUCAAUAUUUUUGUCGAUAGUUCUGAAAGUCUUCAACUACACCUACGCUGGUCUGUUGAAUCCGCUUAUCAUUGCAAAUGUGUUUUGUGCCUGGGAACUAUCUCGUAUAGGGAUCCACAAUGAAAUGCAGAAUUUUCAUUUCCGAUAUAUGGUCUCGGUUAUAAGGGCAUACGUUAUAUACCCGACAAGAGCGAACAUUUAUUCCCUCUUGCUCAUUUGCGUGAUGCUUGUGUAUCUUUACCAGCGACUGGGCAUAGAAGAGUGCAUUAUUUUGUCAUGCUUACUGGCUGUGAUUGCUCUCAUGCGCUUGCGCUGAAAACGGUUCGAAGAAAUUUUUGAAUAAUAUAAAUUUGGUCCACUUGUCCUCAGCAUGUUUUUAUAUUUAAGAAUUGAAAGAUGUUUGCUGUGUUUGCACGCGCUUAUGCAAACCGAGGAGACCUUUGGGGGAACUUGAGAGCUGAUCAGUUGAAGCCUGAGACGCAAGGCCGUGGUUUGCACCCUUGCACCUGCUCGAGAGUUCUCACAAACACCUCCGAGGUUGCAUCAGCCUGUGCAAACACGAAAAA